AUGAAGUUCUCUUCCAUCAUCGCAGCAGCCUUUGUUGGCUCACCAGUACUUGCCGUCCCAGCUGGUUUUGUUACCACCGACGGCACGAAGUUCUCUCUUGACGGAAAGGAUUUCUUCUUUGCUGGAAGUAAUGCCUACUACCUCCCCUUCAACAUCUGGGGAACGGACCAUUACAAGGAUGUCAAGCUCGGUUUGGAGGCUGCCAAGGAUGCUGGUCUAAAGGUCAUUCGUACCUGGGCUUUCCAUGACAACAACCGAACUUACUCGUCAGGUGGUUUGCCCCAGUACAACACUGGUGCUGAGGACACUGUUAUGCAGUGGUUCGAGGCUGAUGGAAGUGUCAAGAUUGAUCUGAGCAAACUUGAUGUUGUUAUUGAAGCUGCCGAAGCUACUAACAUGAAGCUGAUCUUGGCUCUGACCAACAACUGGGCUGAUUAUGGUGGUAUGGACGUUUACACUGUCAACCUUGGUGGUCGCUACCAUGAUGAUUUCUACCGCCUACCUGCCAUCAAAACAGCUUUCAAGAACUACAUUAAAGCUGUCGUCAACCGCUACAAAGACUCUCCUGCAGUCAUGGCCUGGGAAAUCGCCAACGAGCCCCGUUGCGGUGCCGAUGGAACUCGCAACCUUCCUCGUGGACCUGACUGCACUCCGAAAACAAUCACCUCCUGGGUCGACGAGAUGAGCACAUACAUCAAGUCCCUCGACAAAGACCAUCUCGUCACCACCGGAAGUGAAGGUGGCUUCAACCGCAAGUCUGACGACUGGACUUACAACGGUGCUGACGGAACUGAUUUCGACGCUGAACUUAAGCUUCCCAACAUCGACUUCAACACUUUCCACUCGUACCCUCAGUACUGGAGUAAGACUGUAGACUGGGUUGUCCAGUGGAUCAAGGACCACGCCGCCGCUGGUGAGGCUGUCGGAAAGCCAGUUCUUCACGAGGAAUACGGCUGGACUGACAAGUCAACUCGAGUAGCCACCCUCAGCAAGUGGCAGAAAGCCUCCCUGGACCUGAAGAUGAGCGAUCUUUACUGGCAAUUCGGAUUCUCGGGCUUCUCCUACGGAAAGAACCACGAUGACGGAAACACGAUUUAUCUCGAAGAUGACGAGGCCCAGCCUUUGGUAUACGAGCACGCCGCGAAGGUCAACGGUGGAAGUACAGUACCAAGUCCUACAACUACCGGAACGACUCCUCCUAAGCCUACGGUUACUGACGGUCCCAAGGUCGUUAGAUAUGGACAAUGUGGCGGUGCUUCUUGGACUGGACCUACGGUGUGUGAGUCUCCUUAUACGUGCAAGGCGCAGAACCAGUGGUAUUCUCAGUGCCUGUAA